UAAGGGGCGUCUGCCUAUACCCUCUUCGCAUCUCUUCCCCCUUUUUAACAAAAAUUCUUCACAAAUUUAUGCAGGUAUUAUCUUGGAAGAAAAUUAGAACCACAUGUUCCUGGUUUCAUUGAGGUGUUUAGAACACUUGUUUUUUAAAUCUUAGAUUGCCUCUUUGAAAAGAACUCUAACAGGUUAUGAAAGUUGCGCAAAUUUUGUUUUCUUGAAAACAAUUUUUUUUAUCCUUGUAGUGGUAUUCGUUUUAAUACAAGCGCUAACUCAUCUUGGAGAUAGGCGCCUGAAAAGGUUUCCAAACUCAAGAAGAUGACGCAGCAAGGUAGGACGCUUACCGGCUGCCUCCUGGACCUGACGCAGAAGUUCCGGGGGUCUAGAAGGCUGGUCCUUUUGAUCGUCGCCAUAGCUCUGCUCCUGGACAACAUGUUGCUCAGCUCAGUGGUUCCGAUCAUACCCGCGUAUCUCUACGAGCUCCACCACGAGCACGAUCUCGAGAAACUCAACGCUACCGAGUUCUCUGCCCUCUCCAGCACCACUGAGGCAGUGCACAUUCAGAAUCCAGACGAAGAUCAGAUCACAACAACCGAAAGCAUCCAACAGAUCUGCGAUCGCCUGCAAGAGAAGGAAGGCACCAAGAAUCUGAAGCAAAGAGUCAACCCUCCAAAGACAACAACGACCGAACAGGCAGCCGAUUCGGAACCUCCCAUUACUACACUGUCCUCUGAAAUGAAAGAGCUCCGGCACCAUGAGUUAAUAGAGGAGAACGUGGAGGUCGGGAUCAUGUUCGCCUCGAAGCCGAUUGUCCAGGCAAUCACGAAUCCUUUUAUUGGUCCUCUUACUAACAGGAUUGGAUACAGCAUACCUAUGUUCACUGGUUUUGUUAUUAUGUUUCUUUCAACUUUACUUUUUGCAAUGGGCACAAAUUAUGCCAUUCUGUUCAUCGCCAGAUCUCUACAAGGUGUUGGUUCUGCUUGUACCAGCGUGGCAGGUAUGGGCAUGCUCGCCGCCUUUUAUCCCGACGAUCGAGAGCGAGGCAAUGCCAUGGCACUCGCUUUGGGCGGCCUGGCUCUGGGUGUCAUGAUUGGACCUCCCUUUGGGGGUGUCAUGUACGAGUUCGUGGGCCGUGCUGCUCCUUUUCUGGCGCUUGCCUUCCUUUCUCUCUUUGAUGGAUUUCUCCAACUCCUGGUGCUUCAACCGAAAGUAACGAAAGAAGAACAAGAAGGAGCAACCCUCCUCACCUUAAUCAAGGAUCCUUACAUCUUGAUUGCAGCAGGAGCAAUAACUUUCGCCAAUAUGGGCAUUGCGACUCUGGAACCUUCUUUGCCCUUGUGGAUGAUGGACACCAUGAACGCCCCAAAAUGGCAACAGGGGGUUGCUUUCCUGCCCGCCAGCAUCUCUUACCUAAUCGGCACCAACCUUUUCGGACCACUCGGACACAGAAUGGGAAGGUGGUUAUCUACAAUGGUUGGUCUCGUGGUCAUCGGUUUUUGUCUUAUUUUGAUUCCUAUGGCAACUAACAUAACCCAUCUUAUAGUGCCAAAUGCCGGAAUCGGAUUUGCAAUAGGCAUGGUAGACUCCUCAAUGAUGCCUAUGUUGGGAUACCUAGUAGACAUCCGUCACACAUCCGUGUAUGGCAGCGUAUACGCUAUUGGAGAUGUUGCGUUUUGCGUUGGCUUUGCUGUUGGUCCUCUCUUAAGUGGGAGUAUUGUAAAGGCUAUUGGAUUUACAGGACUCACCUCAAGGAUACUGCUGUUCGUUACGUCAGUUACACAAACGACGAAUCCCCAGAGGAAGAAGAUUUUCGGAAGCCGCCACUGCAACCGCAAGCCUGGGUUCAGUGAUAGCGAGAGAAGGACGAUUUUGCUGCUGUCAUCCUUUUGGAAAUCGUCUGCUCCUCACCCUGAUGCCAUUCUGAAAGAAAUAUUUAAGAACAAUUUGUUUUAUUGUUGCCCUUUUCGCAUUUGUGUCGGGGAGACGUCCCCAAUGCUCAUGGCCUCGCCAACAAGACAGUAGAGUUUCGACAUAGUCGCCUGGAAUGUUCUAGAAUGGAUACAAACUUAAAUAACAAAAUGACAUUUUGAUAUAAUUUAUUUGACUUUCGAAUUAGUGGACAUCUAAUUGUGAGGGAAACGAGGUGCAUUUCUAAAAAGGUUGGACAUGCUGCUGGCGAGGUUAAUGAAGAUGUUGAAUGUGCUUUAUUUGUCGCCAAGUCCCAGCAUCUGUUCUAUUGUCAUGUAAAGUGCCAUUUUCAAACAACCUAUUUUGAAAGUGUUAGAUUGUUUCUAGUUCAUGUUGCCAGUUUUUCCAUGCAAACUCACUGAUUUUUGGUGAGCAGUCGUAACCAUUCAUUUGAACGCCUUUUUCAAUUUAAAAAUAUUUUACAAAAGUUAAUAUAGUGAAAAAUAAUCUCGGGGGCUGUUCUACAUCAUACUGUAAUAUAAAUUCAAAUCACAAAAGAAAUUUCUGUAUACUUUUUAAUAAGUAAUUAAAUUUAUAUUAUUAAUGUUAAUUAAAUAAAUUAUCUUAAUAGUAAAAAUAAUUACUUGCAUCAUUAUUACAUAAAAAUUAAUUUAAAUUUAUUUUGCUCGAAAUUCAUUUUGAAAACUAUGUUUGUCGCUUUCUAUGUGCUAAUUUUCUGUUUCGUGUUUGGGAUUGCAUGGUGGUAAAAAUAUAAAGAAAACUCAAUGUCAAUUACCGAUUUUUUUUCCUCAACACCCCUAAAAAAAGACAGGCAAAGGAAAAAUUUAAAUUUUUAUUAUUCCCUUUCUUCUCCAAAAAGAUCAUCCAGAUUUUAAUUCGUUUGUACCCUGUUUUCACCAUUAAAUUUCUGAAAAUGCAGUUCUCAAAACGGGAUAGAUGACAAUAUAUAACAUAUAUCAUUUAAUAAUUAAUUUGGUGGAGUGUUUUUUUUUAAUUUUUUUUUUUUUUUUUUUUUUUUUACUCUUUUUAACUACAUUUUUAAAUAAUUAUUUAUCCUCAAAAAUCUAUUAAAUUUUUCUUAAAAGUAAAAUACGGAAUUAAAUAAUUAUAUUCAACUGUUCUUAAAAAUAGUAAUUGUAUUUCGAAUGCCAAAUAAAAUUUUCUAUAACUUGCACCAUCGAAACAUAAUUUCAUUUGUUUAAAAUUUGGUCAAAUAAAAUAAAAUUACAUUUUAUAAAUUGUUAUGACAAAAAUUCAGUAAUGUUUUUAAAAAUAAAUUGUCAUCAAAAAGUGUGAAAAUACAUUCAGCUUUAUAUUUAUUAAAGAUUUGAAAAAUUUGUCACAUGCAGUGGGUUUCAAAGUUCUUGAAUUCUAGGAUUCUUGAAAUUCUGGAAAAAUUAUUGUACUGCUUGAAAUAAAGCAUUAUUUCAAAUUUAGUUACUUAAUAAAUGUGGAGUUCUGUUUUGAUCUUAAAACUGAUAAAUAAUAUUAAUUGGAAGAAUCUGAAGUAAUUCAUUUCAUCGUAGUGUUAGAUAAAACAUGGAUUUAAAAUAAAUGCCCUUUAUGUAUCAUUAAAAAGAAUUUCUGUCUAAUUAAAUUUUUAGCUUUUGUCUGUGAAGCGUACAUCAACCCGUUUUUCAAGCUAUGCCAAUUUUUUUUCUUUAUAUUUAAAAAUUGAAAUCUUUUAAUAUUAACUUUAAAAACUUUGUAAUUUGAUCUUUAAAACUUUGUAACUCGUAUGAAUGCUUCGUAUUUCAAGCAUUCAUUAAAGAAUUUUCCACAAUUUUUGUUAAUCUUCGAGAACGUUUCAGCUCAUAAAUUUAUAUAUAGGUAUUUUUUGUGGAAAUCUACAUGAAGAAAUUAUAAACUCUCCUUCGAAUACAGAGUUUAGAUAGUAUAAAUGAGUGAAACGAGCAUUUAUCCUUUCCUUUCAUAAUUUUUGAAUCAUCCGUCAGAAAGCAACAAAUAUUCUAAAAAAUAUAUAUUCUGUCUUCUAUCUACAGAAAUAUUUUCCGGAUAAUCUUUUCGGAUAUUGUUGAGCAAUUCCAACCAAUUCAAAGAAUUGAAAUGGUGAACUUCCGAAAAUUAAUGGUGUAAUAUGUUUCCAACUUUAAUUUGAAAAUACGUGAUUUUUGUUAAGUAUAUUUGAAGUCCAUCAAUUGGUCCUUAUUCUAAUAAUUUAACGUAACUGACCCAUUUUUUGAGAUUACACCAGUGUUUUAUCCUUUCGUUUAUCAUGAAAGGAUAUCCUUAAGGAUCCUUAAAGGACUGCCUUAUUCUUUCGUUUAUCAUAAAAGGAUAAGGCAAUCUACAAGUUGGAGUUACUGCAAAAAGCCAAUAUGUAAAUAUAUAACAAUACCUCUGAUUAGUUAAACUCUUACACUGGCACACUCGGAGUAACAGAGUGAUCAAACUCUAAGCGCCCCUUUUGUGCAUUGAAUUGGUUGAUACUAGAAAAGCUGGCAAAAGAAACGAAGCAAUCUCACUUCGAUGUGAUGUUACUGCUUAUAUUUCUAAUGUAAAAUACAAAUGCUUACAUUUGAUGUAUUUCAGAGAUCAAACUUAUGAUAAUCUGUGCUAAAUGUUACUUCUUUAUCUUCUUCAUUCUGUAUAUGCUGUUGUUGACGGCUUUGGUGUUCAUUGCUUAUCUUCUUUGAAUGCAAGUUCAGUGUACCGAUUCGUGUUCAUUUAUAUAACAAUCGUUCAUAUCCUGUUUCAAAGCAAAAUGUUUCAGUGUUUUAUAUCUGUUUCUACAUGUGGGUGCGAUGUUUCAUUUUCUGAUGCCAAAUAUUUCAGUGUUUAUUUUAAUGUUCUAGAAGAAGAUUGUCAAUUCAUUUAAAAUGCAGGAUAGUGGACAACUCAUGUUAUCGAUUGAACAUUAAGUGGAUUUUGGUGCAUUUUCUAUAUCUCAAUGGAUUCUUUAUUAGUGGCUUUUAUGUCAUUUAUUCAAGCAACUUCAACGCUAACUUCCAGAGUAAAGGCAACAGUCAGAUUUUCUAUAUUUUGCUGAUUCAGUGAAAACUUCGCACCGCAACAUUAGAAUUAAAUGAAUUUAUAUAAAGCUAUUCAUUUCACCGAGAAAAAAAGACUAAAAAAAGUUUCAUUUUUGUCAUGAAUUCUCAUAAAAAAAUGUCCCUAGUAGCAUACAUAUAUUGUACAAUAUUAUAUGAUA